AGCGGUGGCUUGAACCAGCCAACCAAGACUGCGUAAUUCCCCCACCUCAAGCAAAGGGUGGUGGUGGUGGGUGCCUGAAGUCCGUCUCUUGAUAUGGGGUGGUGGAAAGGGGGGAGCUUGUGGACCCAACCCUGCCCCCUCACCAUCCCGGGACGUACUUGCAUUUGAUGAAGGAUCUAUCCGAUCAUGCUCCUGUACCCUGAUGCGGGAAAACAGUAACGAACUGGCUGGUUCUCCAGCCCCUUCAGAGUCGUCUGGAAGCUGCCUACGCGACAAACACCAGGGACUGUAAAACGCAGCCAAGCCGAGGCUUCUGUUCCUCUUCUCAGACGCGCGCUCUCUUUUUCUCUCUCGUCUGAAGAGUUCGUCUUUGAAAGUUUCUUGCCAGAAGCAGGAGCUGCUCUGAAGCCCGCCUAGCAACCAUAAAACAGGAAGUCGAACUGCGAAUGGGGGGAGGUGGGCCUCACCCCAAGUUAACUGGCCUUCCUCCUCGCAGGGAGAACGUCUCUCUCCUCCCUCCCCGUUCAUAAUUUCCAAUCAGAAAACAGCGUACUUAAAGAUUUCGCCCAAUAGCGUAAAGUUUCAGUGUCGUGCUUGGUUACUAAGGAAGAAGGAGGUUAGUUGCUAGCGAGCAGCAACUUCCCCUCGCGGGGUUUCUAUAGUAAUGGCAGGAUGGCGAACGAGAGCUGGCUGACUUAUUCUAGUGUCGGCUCCAGUGGCUAUGAGGAUGAAACUUUCAAACUGCGACAACUGAAACUGGAGAACCAGAGAGCGCUUCUGGAAAAGAAACAAAGGAAGAAGCGUCUUGAACCCUUGAUGGUGCAGCCAAAUCCGGAAGCAAAGUUGCAUAAGGUGAAGACCAAAGGUGGUGAGGAACAGACCCCCUUCGUGGGAUCCUAUGCACCUACCUAUAGUGAUGUUAUCCUCCAUGGCAUUAAUGGUCCAGCUGUUUUUCUGAAACCAGAGAUUCAGGAGUCGGAGGCUAAACUCCAGAUAAUUUCACUUGGAUCAUCCACAAAAGAUGAUGAUAGAGAGCAAAAAAAGAUUGAGGAAAAUCCAAAAGCUAAAGCUUCCAACAUAAAUCUGCAAGACAUUCUACAGAAACAAGGUAUCUCUGGGAGUAUGAAUUUUGAUGAGGAGGACACUGAGGAAGAAGAAACCAAAGAACAGUCAGGAUCUCACUCACCCUAUUCAGAGUCUCAAAGGCCUCCUUCUGCAAACAGCCAAAAGUCUACUAUGGAAAUGGGUGCUUCCUGUGUGGCACUCCCUCAGACAGAUACACAGCUGAGAGAAAUGGAAAACCUGGAGGAGUUUGUACUACGCCCAGCACCUCGUGGCAUUACAGUGAAGUGUCGUAUCUCAAGAGAUAAGAAGGGAAUGGAUCGAGGCCUUUUUCCUACUUACUACAUGCACUUAGAACGGGAUGACAACAAAAAGGUAUUCCUUCUUGCGGGGAGAAAAAGGAAAAAGAGCAAAACAUCAAAUUACCUCAUUUCAGUUGAUCCAACAGAUCUAUCCAGGGAAGGGGAAAGUUUUAUUGGAAAACUCAGAUCCAAUCUUAUGGGAACUAAAUUUACUGUCUACGAUCAUGGGGUUAGUCCGAUCAAAGCACAGGGACUGGUGGAAAAAGCUGACACCCGCCAUGAGCUGGCUGCAAUUUGCUAUGAAACUAAUGUGCUCGGAUUCAAGGGACCCAGGAAAAUGUCAGUCAUUAUUCCAGGAAUGAAUCUGAAUCACCAGCGGAUUCCAAUCAGGCCACGAAAUGAGCAUGAGAGUUUGCUGGCAAAAUGGCAAAAUAAAAAUAUGGAGAACUUAAUUGAAUUGCACAACAAAGCUCCAGUAUGGAAUGAUGAUACCCAGUCAUAUGUCUUGAAUUUCCACGGGAGAGUCACCCAGGCCUCAGUGAAGAACUUCCAGAUUGUUCAUGAAAAUGACUCUGACUACAUUGUGAUGCAAUUUGGCCGUGUAGCAGAAGACGUGUUCACUCUGGACUUUAACUACCCCCUGUGUGCCCUUCAGGCAUUUGCCAUUGGACUCUCCAGUUUUGAUAGCAAACUAGCUUGUGAAUAACAGAGACGGUACACCAACACCACCUCUUGUUUUUCUUCUUGUGCUAGCUUCUGAGAAGAAAAUCGUACAUGACAAUCCUGGGGUGUGUGGUGCAGAAACUAGCAACUAAAAUGUCCCUGUGCUUGCCUAGAAAGAAAAUGGACCAUGUUAACAGACAAUAUAGAAUGCAUUCUUUCUGGAGAGCACGAUAUGCAUUUUUGGAGAAGGAAUAUGUAAUCCCGAGAGGAAGGCUUUUUAGGAGAGAAAACUCUGAUAUUGAGCCCUAUCCCUAGAGCAGCUGAUCAUCACUGUGUCUAAGAAUUCCUGCUGCUGGGAUUAUAUUAAUGGAACUUUGCUGCCUAUUUGCCUCACAUGGUUAGCUGUGUCCUUCAUGCUAAUUCUACUGAUAUAUCUGUGCUCUUGGAACAAGAAAUGUCUUGGAUGUUUUGCUACUCUGCAGUUCUGUUUUUCAGUAAAGUUAGUGGGUUUCUGUUCAUUGCUUUGCUGAUUUGUCAGUAUGUCUCUCCACUUGAUAACUGUUCAUGAAAACUGAAAAACAUCCUUGACAUGCUGUGCUAGUUUCAAGAAUCAUAUAAGGAUUUCUAAUUCUCUUGUUUCAAUCAGUGGCAUUCCUUCUUUCCUUUUUUUAUUAUUAAUUGAUCUGUUUCUUUUUGAGAAAUUAUUUAAAGAACAUGGCAUUCAUGUUGCUAAGCCACCAAGUCAUUUUUGUUUAUGUGGAAGGCAAACUUCCUUAUCUUAUACACAAGAAAACAUUCUAAAUGUUCAGUUGGGAGUAAUUUGUUUUUUUUUUAAUGUUGCUUCAAACAGCACAUAGUGACUGUUGUGAUACCAAUAUGUAUUUUGAAUAGAGACCAGUUAAAUUCUAUUUUUUGCUUGAAUAUGAAAAUUAAAAACUGACUGAGGGCAUGUAUAUUCUAAGGCACAAGGAAAGCUGAUACCUGUGCUAGAUUAAGCCAAAUCUUUAUAGUCCAUGGUUGUCUGCAGAUUAUCUGUUCCUAUAAGCAAUAUUGUUUCUUAACCCAAGGGCCUUGAUUGCAUCUUUGAUUGCAAGGGAUCCUUGGGAUGAGCACUUGCUUAGCUAUGGUUCAAUUGUAUGUCGUAGAAUUUCUCUUGUAAAUUGCCUUCAGGUGUUAUUUUCUAUAUUUCCAAAGUACAUUGACAACUGAAUAAGCUGUCUGGACCUGCUCCUUUUUCUUCUGGCCCCCAAUUCUGGACUUUCAUUAAGUUACAGAUGUGUCUGGAUUCUGUGCGGUUGAAAUCCCUAUGCACCAGCAAAUAGAAUCAUAAAAUAGUAGAGUUGAAAGGGCCUAUAACGUUAAAAUUAUUGAUAAAAAUUAAAAACAAGUAAUUAAAAACAUUUUAAACCAAUAAAAUAGCAACAGACUAAAGAUUAAAAAACAUCAGCAUCUGUGUCUGGAUAGGCUUGCCUAACCAAAACAAAUUUAAGCAGGCACUGAAAAGAAUACAGCAAAGAUCCCUGCCUGAUGUCAAUAGGCAGGGAGUUCAUAGAAUAGUAGAGUUGGAAGGGGCCUAUAAGGCCGUCGAGUCAAACCCCCUGCUUAAUGCAGGGAUCCAACUUAAAGAUGGCUGUCCAGAUGCCUCUUGAAUGCCUUCCAGUGCUGAAGAACCUACCACCUCCCUAGGUCAUUGGUUCCUUUGUUGUACCGCUCUAACAGUUAGGAAGAUUUUACUGAUGUUCAGUUGAAAUCUGGCUUCCUGUAACUUGAGCUCAUUAUUCCAUGUCCUGCACUCUGGGACGAUCGAGAAGAGAUCCCGGCCCUCCUCUAUGUGACAACCUUUCAUGUACUUGAAGAGUACUAUUAUAUCUCCCGUCAGUCUUCUCUUCUCCAGGCUAAACCUGCCCAAUUCUUUCAGUCUCUCCUCACAGGGUUUUUUUCCAGUCCCCUGAUCAUCCUUAUUGCCUUCCUCUGAAUCUGUUCCCCUUUGUCUGCAUCCUUCUCAAAGUGUGGUGUCCAGAGAUGGAUCCAGUACUCAAAAUGAGGCCUAACCAGUGCCAGAGGGGAACUAGUACUUCACGCUAUUUGGAAACUAUACUUCUGUUAAUGCAGCCUCAAAUGACAUUUGCCUUUCUGGCGGUCACAUCACAUGUAUCACCCUGCUGUGUCUUCAAAGCAAUGCAGUUUUGCAGAGAUGUUUUCUAAUAGCUGGAUUUUAAAAAAAUCCUCAGUCAUUAUCAAUUGUAACUUUGGUAUUCUGUUUUAAGUGAAUUUUUUUUGUCACUUUCAGAAAAAGCUGGUGAGCUACAAUUGCCUUCAAAAAAAAGUUGCCACUAACAGAAUUGUACACUUAUGUGGAACUAAAGGAAGGAGUGUGUAGAGUAAUUAGUAAGGAGAUCUCAGGCCAUGAUCCUCUUGUUUUUGCAACUCUUGUUUAUCCUUGGAAAGAGAAGACUCAGCAGAGCUGCGCUGGCUGUAUUCUGUGCUUAUUAGCAUGAAUUGCUUCAUCCCAAGAAGAUAUCUUUGUCGGGUCUAAGACUUGCAACAAGGGCCUUUGAUGCAGAAGAAUUAUUGUUUUGAUUGCAUAGAAGAUAGUUUUAUUUGGAUUAAUGCUCCAUCUGUCCCAGCUAUUAAAGAACUUUACUAUUUUCACCCUUGUUCUUAACACAGCUUCCUGUACAGCUGCACAGUGCUGUUUGGUUAUAUGAAAUAUUUUCUGUCUGAUAGGUAGAUGAUCUUUCUGUUUGCUUUUAGCUAUGUGAAUCUUUGCAAUAUAAAGCCAGUUUAAGUCUGGCUUUAAGUCAUUUUGUUUUCCCAUUAACUACUUCUCCAGACCACCAAACAAUUCCUAUUGAAUAUUUCAGGGAAUAUUUGGGAGAAUAUUUCCUGUUUGGGGGAAAUCAUGACAAUUAAUUUGUGUAAAAUUAGUAUUAAACUGACAUAAGUAUAAACUCUAAUUUGGAGCAUUUUUAAAAUAAGGAAUUCUCCACAUCAUCAAAGAAAUGUGGCUGGCUAUUCAAGUGGCCAAACUUGGCUCCCAUUUAUAGCACAUUGCGACUUCUCUGACUAGCACUGUAACUGAUUUUUUUUUUUAAAAGAAAAAUGUGAUUUCAUGCUGUAGUUUGCCUAUGGAAUUAGGGUACAGUCACAAUAUAAAUUAAAAUUCUAUGUACUUGUUAGCUAGGAAAAUUCUGGUUUGUUGGAAUUGGCUGACUUCAUUUUUGACCUGGCAGUGGAUUUUACUUCGUUUCUGUUUCAACUGUCAGAUCAACACAGAGGGUGGACCUUGGUUGCUGUUGGAAAUGUAAUGUUAUGCUGCACAUUCAUUCCUCGUGUGCCAGCUUUUAUGUAUAAAUGGUUCUCUGUACAUCAGUGCAGACCAUCAAGGGAUUGGGAAUCUCUUGUUGCUUUGAAAGUGUGUUUUGUAGAUGCCUUCACUAUGCCUAAUACAACGUUGUGUGGCAUUAAUUAUAUUUAUAUUUUUUGUAUCCUAGCAAAAUAAUCUAUAUAUUUAAAAAUGUGACAUGGCUUCAGAAUUUUUCUUGUUUUGAAUGUUUUUCUCUGGCACCAUUUGUUUUGUACAUGCUACAUGUACCCAUGAUGCUUGCCUCUGUGAUCUCCUAGUUUUAGAAGCACUUGCCUUUUUCCAGGGCAGCUUUGUAGCACUGAAUGGGAGUCCAGCUACUGCGCUGACUUAAGUCCAGCAGCUGCUAGGUUUGGAACUCCUCCCUGGCCCAAGGUGAUUCAUACAAACAUGUCCUCUAUUUUUUCCAGCUGAUUAUGACAUCCAAUCCACAUGAUAACUUUUGUAGGGAAGCUGACUAAAUUUCAGGAGGCUCCUUUAGGGCAUCUGGCCACGUUUACCCCCAUUUUGUGGACAGUGUUCUAAUAUUUGCCUAAAAGACCCUCUUACAUACACUAUUGUUAUAAUUAAAUAUUCCCUUGUUCUCAAAUCUUGUGCACCAGUCUAUUACUGAAAUAAAUCACCGCUCUUCAUAUGUGACCCACACUAGGUGAUUUAACUGUACUUUUAACUUCUUAGUUACCAACCCCGAUAAGGAUUGCAGCAUGCCGUACAACUUGUAUUUUAUUGCCAUUUGGCAAGAGAAAAACAGUAAAUACUAAGGGAUUCUGAAUCCAUUUUAAGGAUUGCUCAGAGCCUUUAUUCCCCAAUAUUGAUUUCAAAACUAGUUUUUUUUUCUCAAGUUUAUAUGGACAACAGGAAACAUUUCUGCUGGUACUCAAGGCAGCUGAUAAUAGUGUAAUCUCUGGUGUUUAAGCUCACUCUCUCCCUUUAAAUUUUAUUCACUUCUCCACUUGUGUAACAAUGAGCCUUCCACCUCUUUCAGUGUAACAAAUAAACAUACAAUUAAUUUCUCAGUCAAUAGACACAGAUGAUGUAAAAGAUUAAAUGCUGAAGGUACAUAAGCUGUACCAGUGGCAGGGACAGAACCAUCACUUUUAUUAGCAGAGGGUGCUUACAGCAGUGAUUUCAUGUAUUGUACUUCUGCCCCCAUUUAGCUCAUAUUGGUAGGUAAAUUUUGAUAAUGGGGAGAAUUCAAACCAAAUGUUGUUUUAUGUAAUGGGUACCAGAAAGUGUAUGACAUUGUAUGAUUGAAUACAAUUCCUACUGCUUAGAGUAAAUAUGGAUUCUUUUAUUGUUAUAUGCCUUCAAGUCGAUUUCGACUUAUGGCGACCCUAUGAAUCAGCGACCUCCAAGAGCAUCUGUCAUGAACCACCCUGUUCAGAUCUUGUAAGUUCAGGUCUGUGGCUUCCUUUAUGGAAUCAAUCCAUCUCUUGUUUGGUCUUAAAAACUGCUUAAUUCUGAUGGAAGAGAAGGUAGGUAGAACCUCAGUAUUAAUCCCACAUAUGUGAAGGGUAGUUCUAACAGAAUUGACCCAGAGGUUUUGCAAUGAAGUUUGCAGUUGAAAGCAAUUUGUGGGGGGGGGCAGGCAGGAUAUAAUUCAUACAAGCCAGCUUCAGCCAAUAUAAGGCAGUACAACAUAAGCACAGGUUUCUAUAGAACAUAAUCCUGUUUCUGCCCUGAAGAGGCACAGGUGUACCUUGAGGGAUAGGUAACAGGAAUCUC